GCCGACAGCGAAAAUUUAUCGUCAUCAGAAAAAGAGAGGAAAAAAGAAAAUUAAAUAGAGAGAAUUUAAAAAAAAAAUGGGGUUGAAGGUUUAUGGAGUGACUCUGAGUCCUAAUGUAGUAAGAGUGAUCGCUGCCCUCAACGAGAAGGGGUUAGAUUUCGAGCUCGUCCCAGUUGAUCUCCGUGCUGGAGCUCACAAGCAGCCUGAUUUCCUCGCGCUCAAUCCUUUUGGUCAGGUUCCGGCGUUUGAGGAUGGAGCUGUCAAGAUAUUUGAAUCUCGCGCUAUCAACCGCUACAUCGCGGUCCAAUACAAGCAUACCGGCGUGGACCUCCUCCCUUCAAAAACCCCGGCCGAGCUCGCGGCCCUCGAGUCCUGGCUCGAGUCUGAGUCCCAGAACUUCAACCCGCCCGUCGCCAAGUUCCUCUUCGAGGUCCUCUUCAAACCAAUGAUCGGCAUGACCACCGACCCUGCCACCGUCGAAUCUCUCUCCGCAGAGCUCGGCAAAGUCCUCGACGUCUACGAGGCGUGUCUAUCGAAGAGCAAGUACUUCGCCGGAGACGAGUUCAGCCUCGUGGAUCUCAACCACAUGCCGUGCGUCUCCACGCUGAUGAUGACGCCGAAGCUAGACCUCGUCACCGCCCGGCCCCACGUCAAGGCGUGGUGGGACGCUGUAUCAGCACGGCCGGCGUGGCAGAAGACCGCCGCUGCGAUCAAGAUGUGAGGUUGUGUUGAGUCUGGUGAUAAUAGCUUGUGGUGGGGCUAUGAAAUUAACAAUAAGGAGAGCGGUAUUCAGUAAUGUUAUGUUGUAUGGCGAUGGUUAAUUGAGUUUUGGUGCGUUUUGUAUGGCAACGGGAAAUGCUUGUAUUGUUAGGAAUUUUAGUCUCCCCGCCUAUUAUGAUUUGCGCAAUUCAGAAA